AUGAGGCAGCAGAUGCACGACAUCAUUGCUAUAUCGAACCAAAUUGGCCACCCGGACAUCUUCCUCACCAUGACAUGCAAUCCAAGCUGGCCGGAGAUCACAAGAGCCCUACUGCCGAACCAAACGCCUCAGGACAGACCGGAUCUGUGCGCACGUGUGUUUCGUCUCAAAAUGAAAUAUCUCGUGUCCUUGGCCAUCAACGAGGAAGUAUUCGGAACCGUUGUUGCCCAUGUACGUGCCGUGGAGUUUCAGAAACGCGGUCUUCCCCACGCUCACGUCGUGCUCCAGCAUAUGAUUCACAAUCCAUGCCGAGAACACAAUCCAACAGCCGUGUGCAUGGGCGACUGCAGGAAAGGGUUUCCAAAAUCGUUCAAACACGAAUCCAGCCAGUCCGACAGUGAGUACUACAUCACGUACCGAAGAAAGGCACCCUCUGCAGGUGGCGUCUCCAUCGAGCGACCCUCCCGUAUUGGCCGACGACAGCAACCCGUCGUGAUCGACAACUCCUGGGUCGUUCCCCACAGUCCUGUGCUUCUACAAUCAUUCGCUUGCCAUUUGAAUGUGGAACUCUGCGUGUCACGCGUUGGCGGAAUCAAGUACCUCUUCAAGUAUGUGUGCAAGGGACAAGACCGAGUGACCAUGGAAAUUACUGCCGAGAACGAGCGCUACGACGAGAUCUCCAACUUCCAAGAUCCCAGAUACGUUUCCGCAUCGGAGGCCGCAUGGAGAUUAUUCUCCUUUGACAUUGUAGGCCGCAAUCCUCAAGUAGUAAGGCUUGCAUUGCAUCUGCCCAACCACCACACGGUGUACUUUGAGGAAGGGCGAGGGCAGGAGGCGGCGCUUCGACCAGCAACAGCGACGAAGCUGACCGAGUGGUUUAAAGCCAACGAGAAGUACCCAAGCGCGAGGCAUAUUCAGUACCACAAGUUUCCAAGGUACUUUACGUGGAAGACACGCACCAAGUCAUGGACCUACGAUUUCAGUGGUACAGGUGCCAGCGUAGUCGGUCGAAUCUACACUGUCAGUCCGAGGGAGGGUGAGCGCUACUUUCUUCGCCUCCUCCUCACACAAGUGCCAGGGGCAACAUCCUCCUAGAUGACCAAAAAGGCCAACGCCGAAAUAGCAAAGAAAUGGAAACUGAAAACUUGCAGUAACAAAAUGGACAUCGUCUACCGCAAUUAUCUGUUUGUGCAGCAAAGGGGAAAAGAUGGGUAUACAUUUAAGUGGACGUGCCAAUCAAACCAAAAAAUUGGCAGCUUUCAUAAAUUUGUUGAGGAUUUCGAGAGAAGCGCAGAUGAUUUUGAUUCACGUCCUCCAUUGACGGAUAUUGUACCGGCUCUAAGAAAGUGUGGGGACCGCGGCGUCGGAGAUGGUGGGGAAAUAGCACAGGCAAAAUUUCGGCAAAGUACGGCCACCAAUAAAGCUCCACUGUUUUCGCUCUCUGAGUUCGCGAGACUCUGGGUCAUUUUGCGUAAUGAUUCGCAUGCUCGAAAAGCGCUUUUAGAUUUAAACAAUGCGCCUACGUUGGAAGAUUUUUGUGCAAACUUCACUCGAGAAGAUCUUUGGCGAGAAAUAGCGAAGCGCUUCAAUGAUGUUUCUGUAUCGUACGAGGAAGAUUUUUCCACUUCCGUGCCAGAGGCAUGUUCCGCAGACCCUUUCCUUUGCGCAAGGUCAGCUGAGAGGCUGAAGGAUGUGUACCAGAGGACGCGAUCGCUGUUUACUCAACGAUUUGAGUACAACAAUAGGUCUGGUAACAAUGACCCGGAGAGCUUCCCGAACUAUUUGUGGCCACACGAUAUGGAGGGAAAUGUUGUAGUAGCAUAUAUGGAACAUACGAACGAGCCCGAUCCUUUUUUUCUGGAUGUCAGCUUGAAAACUUUUGCUGCGGGAAUUGAGAGAGGAGGGAGGUACGGGUCUGCUGAAAAAUCUACAUGUUCAUCUGGAAAGAAAAGAAGAAGUUCUUCGUUUGAGAAAGCGGGUGAGGAGAUAAAAGAAAUGCGAGUGGAGACCCAAAACCGUUGGGUAGAGGUGGGAGGGAAACAUCCCACGCCUCUCUGGGACGAAAUGGUUAACGAAGACUGGUACGAAAGGAUCGAAAAGCGAACUCUGUGCCUCAAACGAGUAAAGGAUGCUGGGGCUGGUGAACGCAUAAUUUAGAUGCUUCCAGGCGUAUCCGUCUCUGUAUUGCUUCAAGGAUCCUCAAGCGCCGUUGCGGGACCUUCUGUGCCGACACUAAGUGGUCCUCUCUUCUUCUUCGAUGCUCCUGGCGGAACAGGCAACACAUUCGUGCUCAGCGCCAUUCAGGACUUCCUUCGUACGCCCCUCAUCGCUGUCGCUACGUCUGCUGUUGCUGCUGUGUUGCUCGACGGUGGACGCACGGCUCAUUCCGUGUUCAAGAUUCCCAUUCCUGUAUCUGCCGAAAGCACGUGCAGCUUCUCCGCAAACUCCGACACUGGCCGUACACUGCAACAAGUCGAUCUUAUCAUAUGGGACGAGAUCGUCAUGUGCCAUCGACAUUGCAUUGAGACUGUCGCUCCCUUCGCCACUUGAAUGGAUCUCACUACCACAGUCCGUUGCGUUCGAGCACACCAUCCGCAAUUUAUGCGUCAAGGUCUUCUCAGGGAUUCGAGACAAUCACGCCGACCCUGCCUGGCUCACCAAGCGCGUUAUACUCACCACAAAGAACAAGCCGCUCGAGGAAGUCAACGAGGUCAUCUGCAACAUGAUUCCGGGACCGUAUCGAACGUAUUUAAGCGCAGACAAGGUCGAGAACGAAGACACCAACGCGCUGAUCUAUCCCACAGAAAUGCUCAAGACCUUGACCGCCGGGUCUGCUCUACCAGACCACAAGCUCAAGCUCAACAAAGGCUUCAUCUUCAUGCUUCUGCGCAAUCUCGAUCCCGCUACCGGUCACGUCAACGGCGCGCGAUAUCUCAUCGAGAACAUGACCAACAACCUGCUCUUUCUACGCGUUACCACCGGGUCACACCAAGGCAACAGACUAUGUCUCCCUCGAAUGCCCUGCGGACCAGGAGACGACAACUUCUCAUCCCUGGCUUCACCCGAACGCAGUUCCCCAUUCGCACGUGCUUCGCCCUUACAACGAACAAAGCGCAAGGCCAAUCCUUCGGUGGCCGCAUAGGUCUCGACUUACGAGAUCACUGCUUCUCGCACGGUCAACUCUACGUCGCACUAUCAAGGAAUACUCACCCAGGCAACGUCACUGUCCUCACUCGAGAGUCCAAUGAAACAACGCGAAACGUAGUGUACCCCGAGGUCCUUCAGUAG